UGCCAACCCACCUUUCUCAAAGCCGGGAACCCACCAUCAUCUUCUUGCAGGGUUGCAUGGUUGGCUACUCCAAGGAGCUAAUUCUCUACAAGAAAAAUAUCAAAAUCGCUCACAUUGCUCCAUUUUAUGAGAUUACUCUAAGGAAAGGAAACAACAUGAAACUUCUCCUCUGCUAACAAGUAAAAUCACACACCUUCAUCAUCCUCAGCAGCAGCAGCAGCAGCAUCAGCAUUAGAAUUCAGAUAAUUAAUGGCGACACUUGUAAUGGCUUUGAGACUCAUUGGAAGGUUGGUGAACGAUGUGGUGAGUUUCGUCAUAUUCUCAGCGUUGGACGUUCUGGACGUGUUCCUCUGUUUUGUUUACAAGCUGGCAGAUUACGCAUUGGAAGCCGAAUGGAGGCCCUGUUACUGCUCCAACUCCCCUAAAGACAUGAUCACAAGCAGUGGUAAGAUUCUUGUCUCCGAGAACGGUGGUUCCAAAGUUGUCUUCCUCUGUUCCAGCAAGCUUCAACUGGAUGACAUCUCCGACACGCUCUAUUUCCGUCCAUCACUCGCGUCCGAGAUCUCCAGGUCGACUGUUCGAGAGCUCCGCAGGCACAAGGCCGAGCGUGGCACCACAUUCACGAUCAACUCCACGAUCAUCGAGAUGCUACAAGAGAAAAUAGGUGGACGGCAAGCCAAAUUGUCUACAUGUUGGUCUGACUGUGACUGCAAGACGUGCAGUGGUUGGAGUUCUCCGGGCGUGCCCCCUCGUGACACCCUCUUCGUGCGCGCAGAAGGCGCUACGGCACCGGUCGAGGACGUGCUCUUCAUUCACGGGUUCAUCUCGUCUUCUGAGCUCUGGACCGAGACAGUGUUCCCAAACUUCUCCGAGGAAGCCAGGUCCAAGUAUCGUUUCAUCGCCAUUGAUUUGUUGGGCUUCGGGCGCAGCCCGAAACCAGGGGAUUCUCUAUACACGCUACGCGAGCACGUUGACAUGAUCGAGCGUUCCGUGCUGGAGCCGUUUAAAGUUGGAUCUUUCCACAUCGUGGCCCAUUCUCUCGGUUCCAUCCUUGCUAUUGCCCUUGCUGUUAAGUACCCUGGUGCUGUCAAAUCUCUCACCUUGAUUGCUCCGCCGUACUUUCCAGUGCCGAAAGGGGAACAAGGGACGCAGUACGUGCUGAGAAGGGUGGCGCCGAGGAGAGUGUGGCCGAUGAUGGCGUUUGGGUCAUCAGUGGCAUGCUGGUACGAGCAUAUAAGUCGCACUAUUUGCUUGCUCAUUUGCAAGAACCACCGGGUUUGGGAGUUCAUCUUCAAGUUGGUCACGCGCAACCGGUUCCGGACCUUCUUGAUGGAUGGUUUCUUUUGUCACACCCACAACGCUGCAUGGCACACGCUACACAACAUCAUUUGUGGCAGUGGAGGCAAGUUAGACGGCUAUCUUGACACAGUUAGGGACCAGCUCAACUGCGAAGUAACCGUGUUUCAUGGCAGCGCCGAUGUGCUCCUUCCGGUCGAGUGUAGCCACGCUGUCAAGUCCAAGAUCCCAAGAGCAAAUGUGAAGGUGGUCCAAGAUAAGGAUCACAUUACUAUCCUUGUGGGAAGGGAGAAGACUUUUGCUAGAGAACUAGAGGCCAUUUGGAGGAAAACUCAAACUAUGAAAUUAAAAGAAUUAUAGAGAUUAAAUUAAAAAACAAAAAUGGUGGAUAAAAUAAACAAGAACUUAGCGUGGAUCAUCACUUGCUUUCAUGACAGAAAAGAAGAAUCAGCUGGGAUUAAGUGGAGGUUUUUUACUCUUUUUUUUUUCUUCUUUUUUUGGGUUUUUUAUCUUUGUCUUUUGUUUUUAAAAUUUAUAUAUAUUUUCAAUAUCCACUUGCAAGUGUUGCGUUGGCUCGGGUUUAUUAGAUGUUGGUCAUUGUUCAAAUGUGAAUUGUAAAAAUACAAAAAGUAAGUUACUUAUUAUAAUAUAUACUACAAUAAAAAUUGCAA